AUGCCUCUUUUUGUUGCAGUCUUGGUUCUUUACAUUGUUUACAUAAGUAGAGAAAGAGGAAGAUUCCUAGAUGAUCAGAAUUCAAAAGAAGACCGUGGCGGCUCGUUGUCAAACUGCAACUUGUUUUCAGGGCAAUGGGUAUAUGAUAAUAAGUCCUAUCCUCUGUACAAAGAGCAGCAUUGCUUCUUCCAGUUUGACGGCGUCGCCUGUGAGAAGGCAGGGCGAAAGGAUUUGGACUACCAAAACUGGAGAUGGCAGCCUCGUGGCUGUGAUCUUCCAAGGUUUAAUGCCAUAGCAAUGCUGGAGAGCCUAAGGGAUAAGAGGCUCCUGUUCGUCGGGGAUUCAGUGAUCAGGAACCAGUGGGCUUCCAUGAUCUGCCUGCUCGAGUCAUCUAUCCCUCCUGCCCUCAGGUCUGUGUCUACCAAUGGCUCCUUAGCCAUCUUCCAUGCCAAGGAAUACAAUGCUUCAAUUGAGCAAUACUGGGCACCAUUUCUAGUGGAAUCAAGCUCUGAUCACCCUGUUUUCCAUCACUUGUCAACGGAACAAAAGGUGAGGGUCCGGGAAAUCGAAAAGCAUGCCAGGUAUUGGACUGAUGCAGAUAUACUCAUCUUCAACUCGUACGCUUGGUGGAGAAUGCCGAAACUUAAGGUUUUGUGGGGAUCAUCUGAUGGCACUGCUGGAAUCUACCAAGAAGUCGAUAUGGUACGAGCAUAUGAGAUGGCUUUGAAGACCUGGCUAGAUUGGUUAGAUGUUCAUGCAAAUCGCACCCGGACCAAAUUAUAUUUUGUGAGCAUGUCGCAAACGCACGAAAGGGGUGAAAAAUGGGGCAGGACUAGUGGCAAAAAUUGUUACAAUGAGAAAGAGCCAAUUUCAGGAGAGGGAUAUCGAGGAAGUAGUGAAUCAGAUCUUGAAAUGGCUCGGGCAUUGGGGGCAGCGAUCGAUGAAUUGGGAAGAAGAGGGCUGAAGGUGCAACUGCUCAACAUAACCGAGCUUUCAGGGUACCGGAAAGAUGCUCACACAUCAAUUUACAAGAAGCAAUGGAAGCGCGUGACAAGCGAAGAGUUAGCAAAUCCUAGUAGCUAUGCUGAUUGUGUAAACUGGUGCAUUCCGGGAGUGCCUGAUAUUUGGAACGAGCUCCUCUAUGCUUACAUCUUUUAUUUUUCACAAUGA